AUGCCGUCGGUGGUGGACGUGGCGGGCAUGAAUCGCAUCAGCCGCGCCAUCUACGCCAACGCCGCCGGCGCCAUCGCCGGCAUGGUACGCAACCGCGGCGCCGCGCAGGCCGCCACCGGCGAUGAACGGCCGCUGCUGACGGCGUCGAUGUUCGGCAACACCACCACCGCGGUCGAGCAUGCGCGCGGCAUCCUGGAAGCCGCCGGCUACGAGGUGCUGGUAUUCCAUGCCACCGGCAGUGGGGACGCACCAUGGAAGGCCUGA